AUGUCAUCAGAAUACGCAAACCUUUUACCCAAAAAUGGGAAAUGGAAACAACAAAUCACCGAUUUCCUAACUGAAGAUGUCCCUUCAUUCGAUUUCGGUGGGUUCGUCGUUGGUGCUAAACCAGAAACCGCAUCAUUAUAUAUGAAACAAGAAGGAUUAAUCUGUGGUGUUCCAUUCGCCGCAGAAGUGUUUAAACAGUGUGAUUUGAAAGUGAAAUGGCACCGUGAGGAAAAAAGCUAUGUUACAGCAGAAGAAUUGAAACAAGAUGGUGGCAAGAUUGUUGUUGCUACUGUUUCCGGUGCUGCUAAAAACAUUUUGUUGGCAGAACGAACUGCAUUGAACUUAUUAGCUAGAGCUUCAGGUGUAGCUACUCAAUCAUACAUUACUAAAAAUUUAGCCGAUGAAAAUGGCUACACUGGAUUGAUUGCUGGAACAAGAAAGACGACACCUGGAUUAAGACUAAUUGAGAAAUAUGCCAUGUUAGUUGGAGGUGUAGAUACUCACAGGUAUGACUUGAGUUCAAUGGUUAUGUUGAAAGAUAACCAUAUUGCAUCUACUGGAAGUAUCACUGAUGCAGUAGCGAAAGCAAGACUGGUUUGUGGAUUUGCUGUUAAAGUUGAAGUUGAAGUAAGUUCAGAAAAGGAUGCAAAGGAGGCCAUAGAUGCUGGUGCUGAUGUUAUUAUGUUAGAUAAUUUCAAAGGUGAUGAAUUGAGACGUGUGGCACAGAGUUUAAAAGAGCAUUAUAAAGGUAGCAACAAGGCAUUUUUGUUGGAGUGUUCUGGAGGUUUGACUUUGCAAAACUUGAGUAGUUAUCUUUCAAAUGAUAUUGAUAUUUACUCUACGUCAUCAAUUCACCAAGGUACAGGAAUCAUCGACUUUUCGUUGAAAAUUGACGUUUAA